GCUGGUAAGUGCUUGAGUGUGGGAGGGUUUAAGGGCUCCAAAAGGGUAUAAAAGCAAUGGAACAGCCCUUUGUGACGUGCCACGUUACCUUGACGAUAGACGACAACGUUGACAACCAAAGAUGCGACUGACACUUGCCUCUCUGGGCUCUUAAUUCUGCAUUUAUUUCGCGGCCAGCGACGUUGCAGAAGAAAGGCCAACAUUGUUCCGCUCCUUUUGCACACACUUGCUCUUGAACAUAGACAACAGGUAAUUGGUAAAUAAUGAUUAGAUUGAUAAAUUAUAAAACCAGCAUUAAUGCUAGGUUAAGUGAUAUUGAAUGGUUAAAAGGUUGAAGCACUAGAUUCUGAAAGUAAUCACUGCUUUAGAGUGUUAGUUCAGGAUAAAAUGUAUUGAUUCAGAUAAAAUUUUCUUUGUUAUAAGAAUAACGCAUGCGUGUGUAUGUGUGUGUGUGUAUAUAUGUAUGUAUACACACACACACACACACACACACACACACACACACAUAUAUAUAUAUAUAUAUAUAUAUAUAUAUACAGUACAGGCCAAAAGUUUGGACACACCUUCUCAUUCAAUGUCUUUUCUUUUUUUUUUAUAUGACUAUUUACAUUGUAGAUCAUUACUGAAGGCAUUAAAACUAUAAAUGAACACAUGUAGAAUUUUGUACUAAUAAAAAAAGUGUGAAAUAACCGAAAACAUGUUUUAUAUUCCAGUUUCUUUAAAAUAGCCACCCUUUGCUCUUGAUGACAGUAGUUCCUUGUCAGGGUUACUUCAGGCACUCCUGUGAAGUAAAAACCAUUUCAGGUGACUACCUCAUGAAGCUCAUUGAGAGAACAGCUUAAGUUUGCAGCGCCAUCAAAAAAGUAAAGGGUGGCUACUUUGAGAAAUCUAAAAUAUAAAACAUGUUUUCAGUUAUUUCACACUUUUUUCUUAAGCACAUGAUUCCACAUGUGUUCAUUCAUAGUUUUGAGAAUCUACAAUUUAAAUAGUAAUGAAAACAAAGAAAAUGCAUUGAAUGAAAAGGUGUGUCCAAACUUUUGGCCUGUACUAUAUAUAUAUAUAUAUAUAUAUAUAUAUAUAUAUAUAUAUAUAUAUAUAUAUAUAUAUAUCCAUGUUAAUGUAGUGCAUUCUUGUUCAUCUUGGCAUUCCGGCGCCCACCAUACACGAUGCGGAACAUCCAUGUUAGAGUAUUAAGGGUGCACCUAGAUCCUAAAUGAACUGCUUCUUCUUGAGCUUCUUCGCCAUGAUCUCCGUCAUUUUUGGUGUCUGUCGCGGACGUUGAGACGCUUGUGGCCUCGUUCUUUUUUAAAUCCUGUGCUGCGUCCGAACUGCCCGCUCGGAUACUACAUGCUACUGCUACGUGCUACUGCUAGAUCCUACUCCUACAUACUAAAAACGUUGGCCCAAUUCGGACACACUAGACGAGCGGUGGGGAAAGACGACCCCCGCAGGCAGAGAGUAGGUACUGCGCCCGUGCAGACAGUGGUAACUGAAGCCCCUCAUCUGCGGUCCUGGCUGUAGUACUGCAGCUGUGCAGUUUAAUGAUGGAAUAAGUGAGCUUUACCUCCAUGAUGUCGCCACUUGCUCAUAAAAUGAUUUCUUGGGCAAAUAUGACACCAUGACAUGACAAAGAGAUACAACCGCACAUUUUUUAGGACAGUGUGUGAAGUUACAUGAAACUUACAUCUGUACUGCUGCGGUCCCGUCUGCUGCUGCUGCUGCUGCUCCGACAUGGUGCGCGCUGCUGUGGCCAGCCGGCGUUCGCGACACUUUUAAAUAGGCAGAGCAGCUGGUGGCGCUAGCAUCACAUGCGCUUCUACAACUUUUAAGAGGACGAAGAAGAAGCCCGCGGUGCAUUUUGGGUCAGUAGCAUGCCCGUAGGAUGCACCGAGACCAACCUACAAUGUGGGCGUGUCUAGCAUCUGAAGUAGUAUCUGAAGUAGCAUGCUACUCGCUCCGGUGGCCAAUUCGGACAUGCUAGAUACUACUUCGACUACUGCUUCGACUACUACUUGGCAAUUCGGACGCAGCUCUGGCCCCGGCUGCGUCGCUGUCCUCCAGUAACGCCCACAACGCAAUGAAUUGUGGGCAAUUUCAUAGCCAAAGUCCUCAACGGUACGGACUUACGGAAAGGGUGCAGAAAGGGGCGUUCCCGAGCCCUCGCUGACUUACCGAUUUCAUUUGGAACAAUCCUCAAGCCCUUACAGAGCUCACAUGAGCGCGCACCUAAGUCAAUGAGUCAGUGAGGGGGUGGUUUGGAAUUGGGCCAAUGCAACCUGUAGUGACCAGUGUAGCUCUACUCAGGCUGUCAUGGGUCAGAGGCAAAAAUUGGCACCAGCCCACCAAACAUUGGACGUCUAAGAGACGUGCAGAUCAAGUUAGUAUUGGGUCGGUCCGUCAAAGACCACAUCUGGACGUCAGUGCAACGUGCAAAAUAGGUUAGAAAUUUCGACGUCCAAAUUGGACCUUUUUUCGACGUCGCUCUGACGUUUAGAAUUUGGACGUCAUCUGAAGACCAAAUCUAGAAUUUGACACAACGUGCAAAAUGGAUCCAAGAUUUGGACGUCAUAAUUGGACCGCUUAAGAAAAGAGUAAAAGUAUAACAAAAGCUAAAAAGAUAGUAAAGCUGAAAUAAGAUAGAGAUAUAGGCCACCCUGCUUGCACAAGACUUUUCAGUUCUGCCCAUAAAUUUUCAAUAGGAUUGAAAUCAGGGCUUUGUGAUGGCCACUUAUGCCAACACACACACACACACACACACACACACACACACACACACACACACACACACACACACACACACACACACACAAAGUAAAAUCCUAACACGUAAUGAAAAAAAAAUGGAACUCAACUUCUGAAUAAGGCUCACAUUUUAGAAAUUAACCUACGCUUCCUUUCUCUGUGAUCCAAAACAACGCUGCAAACAACACUAUAUUUCAGUCAGCUUAAAGUGUUUCAAGUUUUUUUUACCUUUCUAAACAAGUAUUUGUUGCAUAAUGCCUCAACACAGCUCUGCUCUGCAACACUAAAGGCAUAUUACUUUAUAGCAUAUACAAAAAAGGAAAAUGUUAUUUUACAGUACAGGUUCAGAUUAUGAGGUGACGUCAAUGCCAUCAACAUUGUGCGUAAUGUGCUGCAGCUCAUUUGGAUUAUGAUACCAUGUGCGAGGUGAGAUGAGGACAGUGGUAAUCACUUGUCCCAAGAGCAGUUGGGAUAUUGGGAACAGGUGGAAGAAAAAUCAAUGAUUCUUCUUUCUUUUAUUUUGUAAAUCAAGGGAAAGAUGUUAUUUUCUCCAGUGACACUGAUUUGACUUUAAAUUUCAUGAACAGUAAUUUGUAACGGGGGGAGAACAUUUACAUAAGUAUAUAAGAUUUAACUUGUCAGACAUGACUGGUGAGGCAUAACAAGGCAAGAUCAGUAAAGAAAUUAGUUUUCAGUUAAAUGAUUUGGGCUCUUCUGAUAUGAAGGUUAAGCAAACAUGUGUAAGAGUGGCUGCUAAAUAGUCAAUAGUUCCUGGAUUUAGCUGAUAAACCUGUGACAAAAUGACAGGUCAUGACAUGAUGACAUUUUCAUAAGAAGGCUAGAGCACUUUAAUGUUUACAUAACUGAAACCAAGACAUAAUACCUUUUUAAACCACAUCUGAAAUAAAGUGAAAUGUACGUGGGUUAGUUUUUUUAGUUGGAAUAUCAAAAAUGAUUGAUUUACCAUUACAUUGUAAAAAGGUGUGAAGGAAAAGGAGAGAGAUGUUUAGAUUUGGACACCAGGUUGUUUGCACCAGGAAAGCCAAGAGUCAGGUUAGGACAACUGUGAUAUUUGUCAUCAGUGUUAACAUGCACCUCUGUUUGUCAGAGCCACAUGUUCAGGGCAUUGAAACCUGAUACUAGGUUAAUGAUACAAUUUGGAGGGCAAACAGCUGACAAAAAGCCUUAAAAAGACGCCUCUGUUUGCAGUCAAGCCACAACCACCAGCCAUGAGGGUGCUUGUGCUAGCUCUUACUGUGGCCUUUGCGGGUGAGCAAGUCUUAAUUUUUUAUCAAGUGCAGAAUAGGAAAUCAGCAAAUUCAAGCAUGGACACAAUCUUACAAUUUUAUUCUUGUAUUUUAACUUUUUUUUUACGAGUACAAAAUUAAAGGAGCUGCUACUGCACUUAUUAACAGUCAAAGUUAAUAAAACCAAUACUAGCAUGGAAAUUAAUUAAUUGAUCAACAAGUACAGUAAAAGUGAAAAGGAGGACUUUGCUACAUUAAUUUUUGCAUCAUAUUUUGUAUUUGUCGUGAUGGACACCCAAUUAACUUUGUUUCCCUUCUUAUUUUUUAGCCUGCUACCAAGUCAGCUUCGGUAAGUUGUCUCCCAGAAUAAAGAAUUACUUUAAGAAUUAGAAUUAAAACAAGUUUUAAAACUGAUGUGCUGAUACAGUCUGUUUUUCAGUUUCAAAGUUUGAUUAAAAUACAAGUGCAUUCUUUUAAAAAAUGAAAACUAUUAUUAUUGCAGUACCUGAGUUUGCUCAGGGAAAGACCUACGUGUACAAGUAUGAAGCACUUCUCAUGGGCGGCCUGCCUGAGGAGGGUCUGGCUCGUGCAGGGAUUAAACUCCGUAGCAAAGUCUUCAUCAGUGUAGCAGCUCCCGACACUUUCAUGCUGAAGGUAAUGCUGUCAAACUUUAAUUACACUUGAUCUGCUGAACGUGCGCUUGAACAAACAGUCCCUCAUAGCUUAAACGCAGUUCAUUAAAGCUGACACUCUGAUUUUCAGCUGGCUGACCCUGAAAUCUUUGAGUACAGUGGUAUCUGGCCUAAAGAUGCUUUCAUCCCAGCCACAAAGCUCACUUCAGCUCUAGCUGCUCAGCUCUUGACUCCCAUCAAGUUUGAGUAUGUUAAUGGCGUUGUGGGCAAAGUGUACGCACCUGCUGGCAUCUCUGCAACCAUACUGAACAUCUACAGGGGAAUCCUCAACAUCUUCCAGCUGAACAUUAAAAAGACCCAGAAUGUGUAUGAGCUGCAAGAGGUGAGUUUUUUUUAAGUCUUUGCCAGCAAAAUCAUGCAAAGCUUAAACUUCACAACUGGUUUUACAGAUCCUGUAUUUCUAAUAUGUCAAUUAGCCUGGAGCGCAGGGUGUGUGCAAGACCCACUACGUCAUCAGUGAGGAUUCAAAGGCUGACCGCAUCAUGCUGACCAAGACCAAGGAUCUGAGUCAAUGCCAGGAGAGAAUCAUGAAGGACAUUGGCAUGGCUUACACAGAAAAAUGUGUUGAAUGUGAAGAAGUAAGUCAAAAUUUGCUUCAUAUUCAGUCACCAACUCAGAGCCAUCCUGGAAACCGCUGCUGUGAAUUUUAAUUUGUUGUUUCUUUUAAUGCAGAGAGGAAAGACCAUGAAGGGAACUGCAGCUUUUAACUACGUUAUGAAGCCAGAAACCACAGGUGCCCUGAUCUUGGAAGCAACCGCCACAGAGCUCAUCCAGUUCUCACCUUUCAACAUCUUGAACGGAGCUGCCCAGAUGGAGGCCAAGUAUGUAGUUUAAUCAUAAAAGUAGAGGGCAAUAAAUAUGUCGUAGAGUAAUGCAUAUUGAUGUAGAGCCUGUAUGUUUUUUUCCACAGACAAGUCCUGACUUUCGUUGAAAUUGAGAGGACCCCAGUGGAGCCCAUCAGAGCUGAAUAUCUGUACCGUGGAUCCCUGCAGUACGAGUUUGGCAGUGAGCUUCUUCAGACACCAAUCCAGCUUCUGAGGAUCAGCAACGCUGAGGCUCAGGUACUCUGGAAAAUAUUCCCUCUGAGUCACAGUCAUACCCAUGCUGUGAAUGCCUCCUGUAGCAGGAAACUUUAACAAAGAAAAUAUUUCAUCUCUUGAUAGAUUGUGGAAGUUCUCAACCACUUGGUGACCUACAAUGUGGCCAAGGUCCACGAAGACGCUCCCCUGAAGUUCAUUGAGCUCAUCCAGCUGCUGCGAGUGGCCAGAUACGAGAGUAUCGAGGCCCUCUGGAUUCAGUUCAAAGAAAGACCUGAUUUCAGGUAAGUGCAGUGCUCAAGAAAGCUGUGACAAAAAUUAUAUUCUUAAAACAUACUUAUGUAAUAUGUUGGCUUUCCAGACACUGGAUCCUGAAUGCUAUCCCUGCCAUUGGCACUCAUGUUCCUCUGAAGUUCUUCAAGGAGAAGUUUUUGGUUGGUGAACUGACAAUUGCUGAAGCUGCUCAAGUCCUUCUGUCCUCUGUGCACAUGGUGACAGCUGACCUGGAGGUCAUUAAGUUCGCUGAGGCAAGUCAAUGUUAUGAUAUUUCUGUAGCAACUAUGUUGAUGUUAAAAUAGGGAUGGAUGAUCAAUUCCUUCCCUGUCACCACUCUAGGGACUGGCUAUGGAGCACAAGAUCCUGGAGAACCCAGUUCUGCGUGAGAUUGCCAUGCUAGGCUAUGGUACCCUGGUUGCUAAAUACUGUGCAGAGUACCCAACCUGCCCCGCUGAACUUGUGAGGGUAUGUAUCAUUCUUUAAAACAUCUGUUAUAUGUCUUAAACUCAGUCAUUAAAUCAGGAAAAUGAGAUUUUUAUGUUCCUCCCACAGCCCAUCCAUGAACUUCUUGUCCAAGCCAUUGCAAGAGGUGAAAUCGAGGAGAUUGUUCUUGCUCUCAAAGUUCUGGGUAACGCUGGACAUCCUGCCAGUCUUAAACCAAUCAUGAAACUCCUGCCUGGCUUUGGCAGUGCUGCUGCUAGCGUGCCACACAGGAUUCACAUCGAUGCUGCUCUGGCCCUGAGGAACAUUGCAAAGAAGGAGCCCAAGAUGGUAAGACCACAUGGUUGAAUCCCCUUUUUUACAUUUAGUGCAUACACUUCGAGGAGUCCGUACAGUCACAGCUUUAUGUUUGAUAUUCAUCUCUGUAAAACAGAUCCAGGAAAUGGCUCUCCAGCUGUUCAUGGACAAGGCUGUCCAUGCAGAGCUCCGUAUGGUUGCUGCUAUCGUUCUGUUUGAGACUAAGCUGCCCAUGGGUCUCUUGACCACUCUGGCUGACACCCUCCUGAAGGAAACAAAUCUGCAGGUGGCAAGCUUUGUUUACUCUUACAUCAAAGCCAUGACAAGGAGCACCGCCCCUGACUUCGCCUCUGUGUAAGAACAUAGAUGGUGUUUUCUUUUGCAGUCAUUUAUUACUGUGACAUACCAGCAUAUCAAUCUCAUCACAACGUCCUCCUUUCAGUGCUGCAUCCUGUAAUGUCGCCGUGAAGAUCCUGAGCCCCAAAUUUGACAGACUGUGCUUCCACUAUAGCAAAUCUCUGUAUUUGGAUGCCUACCACAGUAAGAGCAUAAAAAUAUAUUAAUUUAAUCAAAGAGUUUCAGUCAAAGUAUCACAUUUGACUUUUGUUUUUUAAUGUUCCCUGCAGACCCCUGGAUGAUGGGUGCAGCUGCAAGUGCCUUCUACAUCAACGAAGCAGCAACUCUUUUGCCAAAAGCCGUUCUGGCCAAGGCUCGCACCUACUUCGCAGGAGCUUAUGCUGAUGUGUUUGAGGUAUGACAAUCAUAUCUUUGAUGAGAUAUUAGACAUGGUGGAGUUAAGAAAACGCAUGUAAUGGAAUUUUCUUUUGUUUUAGCUUGGUGUGAGAACUGAGGGAGUCCAGGAGGCCCUUCUGAAAUACCGUGAGCAGCCUGAAAAUGCUGAAAGGAUCACCAAGAUGAAACAAAUCAUGAAGGCUGUAGGUUCAAAGGAUUAUGAAUUACCUUCAAAUACUUGAUGUACAUGUACUUCACUUUUCAUAGACACUUAGUUAUUUAAGUCACCUCUUUUUCUCUUGUACAGAUCUCUGAAUGGAGGGCUAAUCCUACUAGACAGCCUCUGGCCUCUAUGUAUGUGAAAUUCUUCGGACAGGAAAUUGCUUUUGCCAACAUUGACAAAGCCAUUGUUGAUCAGAUCAUUGAGGUAAUCAGCCAUCACUGCAUUGUAUGUCAAACUUUCGAUGUAACACCCAAAAUUCUGAAUUAUUUUGCCGUUCUUGGUUGGCAGCUUGCCAGUGGACCUGCCAUUCAGACAUAUGGAAGAAAGGUUCUGGAUGGUCUGCUGUCUGGAUUCACAUUCCACUAUGCCAAACCCAUGCUGGUUGCUGAGAUUCGCCGCAUCAUUCCCACCACUCUUGGUCUGCCAAUGGAGCUUAGUUUCUACACUGCCGCUGUGGCUGCUGCCGCUGUUGAAUGUAAGGGUCACUACCACGGCCUUGCUGUUGCAGAUACUUUUCGACUUUUUACAAUGAUGCUUAAAAAAAACAACCUUUUUUCUUAGUCCGAGCAGAGGUGACACCACCCCUGCCUGAGAACUUCCACCCCGCCCAGCUUCUGAAGUCUGAUAUCAGCAUGAGGACAGCCAUCGCUCCAAGGUAAUCCUGCUUUUGCUCCUUCUCAGCAACUUUAAAAUAAAUUUUUUUUAAAAGUGUUUUUGGGUGAUUACCUUUAGAAAUUAUGUUUUGUGCUCCUUUCAGUGUUUCAAUGCAUACCUACGCAGUCAUGGGGGUCAACACUGCCUUUAUCCAGGCAGCUCUGCUCUCAAGAGCCAGAGUCCACACAAUCGUUCCUGCCAAAAUAGAGGCAAGAAUCGACAUGAUUAAGGGCAACUUCAAGCUUCAGUUCCUUCCUGUUCAGGGCAUCGAUAAGAUUGCAUCUGCAAUGUACGUGCUUGUCCUUAUCAGUCAUAUGCAUGACCAUGUUUAAGAUUUUGUGGCUUUAACUACUAUUUCUCAUAUCCAACAGUGUUGAAACUUUUGCUGUUGCAAGAAAUGUUGAAGACCUUGCAGCUGCCAAAUUCACUCCCAUGAUUCCAGCUGAGCUGUCACGAGAGACAGUCUCCUCAAGGAUUUCCAGGUUGGCAUCUUCCAUGGCUGGUAGCAUGGUGGGUGGUUCCCUGACAAGCUUUGCCAACAUAAACAUAUUCACCUUACACAAAUUAUUGUGGUAACCUUUGUUGUGGUUUUACAGUCAUUAUCAUCUGAAAUCAUCCACACUGACCUGCCAAGGAAAACUGCAAGCAAACUGAAACUCCCAAGAGCCUUUGAAAAGAAAAUGUGUGCCGGAUUUGAAACCUUUGGAAUCAAAGCAUGCACAGAGAUUGAAUCCCGCAAUGCCGCCUUCAUCAAAGACUGCCUGCUCUAUGCCACACUUGGAAAACAUGUUGUCUUCGUUGAGGUUGCUCCAGGCAAGUGUCAUAGAUAAUCUAUACUGAAAAAGUGCAAAGUCAAUACAUCAAAUAUGCUGUCCCACCCAACUUGUCUUGAAACAUAUUGCUGCUCUUCUAUUGCUGAAAUGAAACACUUUUAAGGCUCGAGCAUUUGAUUUGUUGUCUUUCCAUUUUUGGAUUCAGUAAAGGGUUUAGAGAUUUGCAAACCAUCGAAAGCCCAUUUUGAAACGUCUACAUGGCUUCCCAACUUUUUUGGAAUUGGAAUUAUAUCAUGUUUGUCUUUAUUUGUUUGGUUGCAGCUGCUGGACCAGUGGUUGAGAAAAUUGAAAUUGAGAUUCAGGUUGGGGACAAAGCUGCAGAAAAGAUAAUCAAAGUGAUCAAUUUGAGUGAAGAAGAAGAGAUUCUGGAGGACAAAAAUGUCUUGAUGAAACUCAAGAAAAUCCUGGUUCCUGGUCUGAAGAAUGCCACAUCCUCUUCCUCCAGAUCCAGCAGCUCAAGAUCAAGCAGCUCUCGCUCCAGCAGGUCCUCUUCAAGCGUCUCCUCAUCAGUUUCAUCCAGGUCCUCUUCUAGCUCCUCUCGCUCCAGGAGCAAAAUGAUUGACCUUGUUGCUCCCAUCAGCAAGAAAGCAAAAAGCAUUAGAAGCAGAUCCAGCAGCUCCUCCAGCAGGUCCUCUAAACUUUCAAGCAGCUCCUCCAGAGUCAGCUCCAGCAGUUCUUCCAGGUCCUCAAGAUCCAGCUCCAGCUCCUCAAGAUCAAGUGCCCUGUCCAAGGUGAGACAACUUUGUAUUUGAACUCAUAUAAAAAAAUAGACCUGAGGAGAAUGUGAGGGAAAUAAAGCAUUUAUUUUUCUGUUGCAGCUUGAACAGUUUAAGUUUACAAAGAACCACAUCCACCAGGUAACUUGAAAAACAUUUACGUGAAACAUCAUCCACUCUGUCUGAACAACCUGGAUUAACUGUGUCUUUGGUUGUAGCAUGCCAUCUCUACUGACCGUGUCAACAGCAGGAGCAGUGCCUACAGCUUCGAAAACAUUUACAAUAAGGUAACCCCAGCAAGUCAUUUACAUUUCCCUGAAUCCAGAAAAAAUGAUCAAGUUCCAUUUCGUAACACCAGUCUUCAAACUAACUUUUCCAUUUUAGGCCAAGUACCUCGCUAGUGAACUCACUCCCGCUGUGACCAUUCUUGUGCGUGCUGUGAGAGCCGACCACAAGGCUCAGGGAUACCAGAUUGCUGCUUACUUUGACAAAGCUACUGCCAGGCUGCAGGUCAUUUUUGCCAACUUGGCUGAGAAUGACAAGUGGAGAAUCUGUGCUGACGGUGUGAUGCUGAGCUACCACAAGCUCAUGGUACAAACUCUAAAUUUGUUACAUGGGUUUGAAUUAGUUGUAAAAAAAUGUGUGACAUUUUAACUCUAGUUUAAAUUUCUUACAGGCCAAGGUUGCCUGGGGCAUUGAGUGCAAACAGUACGAGACUGAGAUCACAGCUGAGACUGGUGUUGUGGAGAAAGAGCCAGCAUUCCGCCUGAAGCUGACCUGGGAUAAACUUCCAAAGAGCAUGAAACGCUACGCACAGGAGUAAUGUCACCAACUCAUUUUCACACUUCAUCCAUUCAUGCAGUAUAUUCAUCACCCAUGUGGACUCAUAACCUUUCUUAAACAAUAACCAAACUUUCACCUCUGGCUAGGAUCUCUGAGUACAUCUCCUACAUCGCUAAGGAGACUGGACUCAACCUGGAAAAGGUCAAGAAUGUUCGCAAACAGAUCAGACUGACUGUGGCUGUCGCUUCUGAAACAAGUUUGAACAUUGUGCUGAAGACACCAAAGGUGAGAUCUCAUUGAGAUUAAAGAAAAUGACCAGAGCAUACCCUACCAAGUAGUUUGACUAUAAAGCUCUUUACUACCAUUGGGGUUUUAUAUUACAGAGGACCAUCUACAAAAUGGGUGUGGGUAUCCCUCUUGCUCUGCCAAUUAAAGACACUGCUGCUGAGCUGGUACCAUACCAGGACAACAUGGCUGAGAAGAUUUCCUACAUGAUCACCAAGGCUCAUUCAGGUGAAAUAAGAUUAAAAGAAAAGGUUUUAUAACAGGUAUUUUGCAAGGAAGUUGUCAGUCUCACUCAUCACUCUUUCUGUUGACUCCAGCCCAGUGCACCAUGGUCAACGACAAACUGGUCACAUUCAACAACAGGAAGUAUAAGAGCGAGUUUCCCCACUCUUGCUACCAGGUUUUGGCUCAGGACUGCACAUCAGAACUCAAAUUCAUAGUUCUGCUGAAGAGGGACGUAACACAGGAGCAGAACCUGAUCAAUGUGAAGAUUGCAAAUAUGUAAGUGCAGCUACUACUUUAACAAUCACUGGGGGAACAUGGAAACACAAAGCUCACUUUGAGUUUCAAUUGUUUAUUCACAGUGAUGUGGAUAUGUACCCGAGGGAUGGUGCUAUCAUGGUGAAGGUCAACGGUGUAGAAAUUCCCAUCAGCAACCUGCCAUACCAGCAUCCUGAAGGUUUUUUGGUUCAAUUAAUUCAAUUCCAGCUGCCAUGCUAAAAUUACUCAUUUGUUGAAAGUCUAAAUUUUGAUGUUUGUAUUUUUAUUAUGUAUUUUCAUUUCAGCCAAGAUCCAGAUCAGACAGAGAGGUGAGGGAAUUGCACUCCAUGCUCCAAGCCAUGGUCUUCAGGAGGUCUACUUUAAUAUGAACACAUGGAAGGUGACAAAAAUAUAUGACUUUGCCUUUUUUUUUAAUUUUCAUGGAUUUUGCAGAUAGCUUACCUGUUGGGCUAAUUUUCAGAUUAAAGUUGUGGACUGGAUGAGAGGACAGACUUGUGGACUCUGUGGAAAGGCUGAUGGUGAACUCAAACAGGAGUACAGCACUCCCAACGGACGUGUGGCAAAGGAUGCCGUCAGCUAUGCUCAUUCCUGGCUUUUGCCUGGAAAGAGCUGCAGGGAAGAUUAUGGUAACUUCAACAUCAGCUUGUUCAUUCAGUCACUGUGUUUUUUAACAAUACAGCCCCCACAAAGAAGUAUUUAAUCAGAAUUUAAAGGAAAACAACAGCCUGUAGACACUGGAUUUUAAUUUGGUGUCAGUUAAAAGCCUAUGUAAGUAAUUUAUCAGCACUCACCUUAUUUUUUUACCCAUUUGCAGGCUGUUUCAUGAAGCUUGAAUCUGUGAAGCUGGAGAAACAGGUCAACCUCCAUGGCGAGGAGUCCAAAUGCUACUCAGUUGAGCCUGUGAUGCGUUGUCUCCAAGGCUGCAUCCCCAUCAGGACCACCCCUGUCACUGUCGGCUACCACUGCGUGCCUAUUGGUAUGUGUGUGGAAAAAACAAAAAGCUGAAUUAUUUUUCAACUGUUUUGUGUUUUUUUAUACACUGCUUGACUGCUCCAUGCUCUCUCUUUCUGCAGAUACAAAUCUUAGCCGAUCUGAGGGUAUGAGUAACAUCUAUGAGAAGAGCAUCGACCUGCGGGAAACAACAGAGGCCCACCUAGCCUGUCGCUGCACUGCUCAGUGUGCUUAA